AUGACUGAUGAAGUCAUUCCGUACUGUUUUCGUCCAGUAAACUAUUUCGACCGAUCACCCAAAAUCUCUGUUAAUCCGCUUUCUCAAAAACUAAGUUUCGAACAAUUACGUCUGGCUCAUACUACUUCAGAACAACUUCUCUCGUGGUCAAUUUCGAUUGAUGUAGCUCAACGAUAUCAAUUCUAUCUGAUUGAACCGAAUGCUGCAUUUGAUGAAGUUGUCUACAAUUGUUCUGAACCGUGGUUUGGCCCUCGAUGCCAAUAUUCGUUUCCUUUCGGCGGCCGUAGAUCUUUCAACCAAAUUGUUGAAGAAGCUUUUCGUCAAAGGACAGCAUUUUCCGAGUCAUCUGAAGUGACAGUACAGAUGCCAUGCUAUGUUCUUCUAGAAUGCCAUCGUAAUGGGCAGAGUUGGUGUCUUGAUUGGCGUGAAGUGUGUAACGGAAUCGUUGAUUGUUUUGAUGAAGGUCUCGAUGAAGAAUAUUGUUUCGAUAUGGAAAUAAAUGAAUGUGAGAAAAAUGAAUAUCGAUGCCACAAUGGAUUAUGUAUAUUAAGCGAACUCUGGGAAGAGGGUGAAGGCGAUGCAGACUGCCUCGAUCGUUCCGAUGAAGUGUCGAAUGCCUUCUAUAUAAGAUCAUGUUUCCAAGAUCCAACAUUCCGUUGUGAAGAACAUUCUUGCAGAGCACAUGAGGGUACAUUUUCCUGUGGAGAUGGCCUAUGUGUCAACAAAUUUGAAGAAUGCAAUAAUGGACGACACAUGUUACUGAUAGAGUCGAUGACAGCCAAAGGUAAUCUAACAGACGAAUGUUGGAUUGCUAUGGUUUGUCUCAGUGGACUCGCCGACCAAAUUCAUGGAAGUUCAUGUAAAACAUGGCUGAUGAACGACACAAUUUACGAGUGCCUUAAACAAUGUGAUUCGUUUUUCCAGUUCCCAGCUAUACCAGUUCAUUCUGGUCAUAUUCGUUUUUUUUAUGAAGAGCCUUAUUCAAGACAGAAAAUUAAUGAGUUGCUUCUACCCGAUUAUCUUUGCUACAAUCAACAGCUAUGUGAUUUUAUUAAGCCGGAUUUAAUUCGUGAAAAUCUCACUUGUAUAAAUAUGUCGAAAAUAAUACCAAAACUGGAUAUUAAAAUCGGAUUUUGGAACGAACUGAUAUGGUUGAUCGAACAAGUUUUUCGCCCUUGUUUAAUUUCUCAUGCGAUCUCACCCAAUAAAACAAAAAAAUAUAUGAAUCAUUCGUUAUUAUAUAACUGUCGUAACUCAUCGAAAUUUAUUUCUGUACAUCGCAUCAUGGAUGGUAUAGAAGAUUGUUUCCAUGCUGAUGAUGAGAAGUAUCUAAACAGUUGCCAACUUAGCGAUCGAUACCGAGUAAGAUGUCAUAAUACAGAUACAUGCUGGUCCCCAAUAUUGAAACAGGAUGCUUGUGCAAUGACCGGACGAUACGAUAAUAUUCCAUUUCAACGUUUUUGCAAUGGUAUCAAUCAAUCUAUUUACUAUGAUAAUUUUGGACAAUAUUAUAAUGAUGAAUUCGAGUGUGAAGAAUGGUUAUGUAACAAUAUAUAUGCACGUUGCGACGGUUUUUGGGGAUGUACCGACGGACGGGAUGAGAACAAUUGUAGCCGAACAAAAUGUCAUUCAGGAACUCACACCUGUAUAGAUCCUCUUAAUUUUACAGUAAUCUGCUUGCCUCACACACGUGUUAAUGAUGGAAAGGAUGAUUGUCUUGGGGCAUCCGACGAACAACACGAAUGUCAAAGGAUCUAUCCUCCGAGCGAAGUUUCUGAACGCUUUCGCUGCUUGAGAGAUACAACGUGUUUGGUACCAUCAGAAUUAUGCAACAACAAUAAUGAUUGUCCACUUCAUGAUGAUGAAACAUUCUGCAAAAAUUAUCAGUUCAACUGUACCAACGAUUCAACAUACAUUCGCAGUGAAAUAGAAGAGGUUCUUUGUGGACUGAGUGAACAGAAAAAUCGAAGAAGACAGUAUUUUUCUCUUCAUACAUCAUCUAACUAUCCUUCGUUAGAAAAUAGUGUCGUCGAUGAAAGUUUGUAUUGGUCAAUAGAACGACAUUCUAUCGAGAAUGUCAAUAUAGAUCGUCGUGAAGAUAACCUAUGGACAUUACAUUGUAAUCGUGGGCUUGAUAUUAAUACUUGGAUCACAAACAAUAGCUUUGAGCAGAUGUGCAUGUGUCCACCAAGUUACUAUGGCCAUUUAUGUCAAUAUCAAAAUCAACGUAUUAGCCUAACAUUACAUCUGAGUUCAGUUGAUCGACAUGCUACUUAUGCGAUUAUUAUUAUGUUAAUCGAUGAUAAUGAUGAACAACAAGAUAUUCAUGCAUAUGAUCAAUUCGUAUACAUAACAAAGGAAAGCUGUAGUACUAAAUUCAAUCGAUAUUUAUUGUUUCCCACACGACCAAAACACUUGUCUAAGAACUAUAGCAUACGUAUUGAUGUAUUCGAAAAAAACAGAAUAAAACUUCGUCCAAUUGCUUCAUUACUUGCAACAAUGGUACUUGUGUAA